AUGUACAUGCUUGGUUGGCAGACAAUGAUCUUGACGGCCGUGAGCGAACAGAACCUCAGAAACCUUAAGGUAACUCUUGACACAUCACGGGCUGUUCUCGUUCAAGGUGAGGUUGGGUGUGGUAAGAGUUUUUUUGUUAAGGCCUUAGCGGAAGAAUGUGGUGCGUACAGUACAAUGAUUCAGAUAAACGUCGACGAUUCGUUUGAUAGCAGGGACUUGCUUGGGAAGUUCUCAGCAACAGAUGUGCCCGGAGCGUUCGAAUGGGUACCAGGUCCUCUGACUACUGCGGUAGCAAAUGGUCUGUGGAUUCUAAUGGAAGAUAUCGAUCUAGCAUCGUUCGAUGUUUUUUCAGUUUUACUUUCUCUUCUUGAGGAGUCUACACUAUUUUUGCCGGAUAAAAAUAAACGCAUCAAUGCCCAUCCGAAUUUCAGAAUUAUUGCCACCCAGCAGUUGCGAUCUGUUGGUGACACUUUUACGACGCGUAAGAGUAACUCCGUACCCUUUGGUGAACUUUGGGGGGUUACGGUAUUAAAAAGUUUGCCCCCUGAGGAGAUUUGUGUUGUCGCAACGUCGUUGUACUCCGUUCCGAGAAGCGUAGUUUCUGCACUGACGACCCUUCCGUCUCGUUUGUUUGGCACUUCACUAGUGACCCUUCGGUCGUUACUUAAGUGGUGCAAACGAGUGAGCAGGAGGCUUCCCAACACCAACCUCUCCAACGAAUUUAUUUCAUCCACAAUUCGUGAGAUGAUGUUUCGUGAAGCAUACGACUGUAUGUUGGCAGGCUUCCCAAAAUGUGAUGAAUUGAUCCGCAUCAUCAAUAUUAUGGCUGAAUGUGUAGGUAUUUUGCCGAAUGUUGCCGAUUCGCUUGCUUACCAGAGCAAACCGGAAAUGCGAUCGGGAGCGGAGUACUUUACCGUUGGUCGAGUUACACUGCCCCUGUAUGGUUGCCUGAGUGGCGAUCUAAAAACUACUGCGGUAUUUGCAGCCACCAAACAUUCCAUGUCUCUCUUGGAACGGAUAGCAGCCGCUGUUGAUGCACAGGAGAAUGUCCUUUUGACAGGUGAAACUGGAGUUGGAAAAACAUUUGUCGUUCAGUAUCUUGCCGACAAGGUUGGUCAAAAGCUGAUUGUUCACAAUCUUGACCAACAAACCGAUACAAGUGAUUUCAUGGGAGGUUGGAAACCACUCGACGUGGGUGUUGCUGUGAGGAACGCGUAUCAGGAUUUUGUGGAUCUUUUUUCGCAAUGUUUUAACGCUUCUCGAAAUGCAGAAUUUCUCAGCGCAGUCCAGAUGUCAAUGAAAAAGUGCUCGUGGCUCGUCGUCGUCAGACAAAUUCUUAAGGGAUGCAGCUCGUUUAAGUUGAAGAAUAUUCAACACCCUUUCUCAACUGAACUCCAGGAGCGAUGGCUUAAUCUCGAGAAUGUAACCCAGGAUUUGUUGGCGACACUUCACACCACGAGGAAUACAUUUGCCUUUCGUUUUGAAGAAGGGUCUUUGACCAGGGCAUGGAGAGAGGGUUACUGGAUCCUCUUAGAUGAGGUGAAUCUUGCGUCUACCGAGAUACUGGAAAGAGUUUCGGCUGUCUUAGGGGAUGUUGAUGCGUUAUAUCUGACAGAUAAGGUUGGAAGCGAACCAAUUAAGAGGCACAAAAAUUUUCACGUUUUUGCAAACAUGAACCCCCCUACUGACGUCGGUAAGAAGGAUAUUCCGCCAUCGCUGCGCUCCAAAUUUACCGAGAUAUAUGUUAGUGAGCCUUUUGAGCAGGGUGAUAUUAGCAUUGUGGUUAGUGAGUUUAUUGGCCACUUGGCAACGGAUUGCAAGAUUCAAGAGGUGACUUCGUUUUUCCUAGAGUAUGUUGGAAAGGCCAAAUCGGCUUUAUGUUCUUUGGAUGGCGGGACGAAGCCACCCACAGUUAGUUUGAGGACUUUGACACGUGCUCUUACUUAUGUGCGGAAAGCCACAUCGCAGUAUGGGUUUGCCCUCGCUUUGUUUGACGGUUUAAUGUUGGGAUUUGCAACUCCUCUGGAGCGGCAGUUUCACUCUAUUGUUGAACAAUUAAUUAAGAAACAUGUAUUUGGCAAUGGAGAGCCACCGCGACCGACCCUGCCGCGUUGCCCUUCUGGGGGACGUUUUGUGGCGUAUGAGCACAUUUGGUUACCUGUUGGAUCGGAGGAGCCUCGCAAGGAUGAGUCCUUUAUUUUAACACCUAGUGUUAAAGGGCACUUGUUGAACGUCGCUCGAGCAGUGUUCGCGGAUCGGCCGGUACUGUUAGAGGGUCCAACAUCAUCCGGGAAAAGCUCCAUGGUGAAGUACCUUGCCGAGUUUACGGGGCACAAGUUCAUCAGAAUAAAUAACCACGAGAGUACGGAAAUUCAGGAAUAUGUGGGUCACUACAUUUCGGAUGAACGCGGUAAACUCCGCUUUGUAGACGGUAUUUUAGUUGACGCCGUGCGCAAUGGGUAUUGGAUUAUGUUAGACGAACUGAAUCUUGCCCCCACUGAAGUCCUGGAGGCCCUCAAUCGCUUACUUGAUGAUAACCAUGAACUUUUUGUCGCAGACACUCAAGAAACAAUAAAACCUCAUCCACAUCUGCGCAUAUUUGCCACUCAGAACCCAGCAGGUGUGUACGGGGGCCGCAAGCUCUUAUCAAGAGCGUUUCGUAAUCGAUUUUUGGAAAUCACCGUCGAUGAUAUACCCAACACAGAGCUGUGCACCAUUCUUUGUCAACGGUACUCUCUUAGUCCGAGUUUUGCCGAAAAAAUGGUGGAGGUCAUGACCACUCUUCAAAUACGACGUCAGGGUUCUCGGGUAUUUGCAGGUCGUCACGGUUUCGUGACUCCGCGGGAUCUUUUUCGUUGGGCUGAGCGGUGCCCUGGGACAUAUCAGGAAAUGGCAGAACAUGGGUUUCUCUUGUUGGUAGAGCGUUGCCGGAAGACUGAGGAGCGCCAGAUCGUUAAGGAUGUUAUUGAGUCGAUCACAAAAACUGAGCUCAACGAAGGUGACAUUUAUUCACCACAUCAUUGGCCGUACGUUGCCGAACACUACAAGCAUGUGGAAAGUCGUGUGGCGGAGGAAUUCGGUAUCGUGUGGACUGAGUCCAUGUUGCGUUUAUUUACUGUGGUAGGUAUUUGUCUUUUUCACCGAGAACCUGUGUUGUUGGUGGGGGAGACGGGAAGCAGCAAGACAACAGUCUGCCAAGUUUGGGCAGCAAUUUUGCAACGUCGGCUUAGUAUUGUCAACUGUCAUCAGCAUAGUGAAGCUGCUGACUUUCUUGGGAGCCUUCGACCUGCUCUUCCAAAUCAGCAAAGCAGCGCAAUUUUUCAAUGGCGAAAUGGCCCGCUGGUUGAAUGCAUGCUAAAAGGAGGGGUAUUUGUUUUGGACGAAAUCUCCCUUGCUGAGGAUAGCGUCCUUGAGAGGUUGAAUAGUGUCCUUGAACCGGGUCGAACAGUAACCCUUGCUGAAAAGAGCACAGCAGAUGUCAUUUUCGCCCAUGAGGACUUUCGCAUUCUUGCAACAAUGAACCCUGGUGGAGAUUUUGGAAAGCGCGAGCUGUCGCCCGCUCUUCGAAACAGGUUUACUGAAAUUUAUGUCAGACCAACAGUGGAGCGUGAAGAGGUGACCCUUAUUCUUUCCAAGCGGUUGAAUCAAAAUCUUUCGCACUGGGCGGCGCAUAUGGCCUCACUACUGUGUGAUGCAGCGAGCGUAUGUUCAGUUGCAGGGGUGCCGCAGCACAUAAGCAUUCGCGACAUAAUUGGCUGGGUUAGUUUCAUGAAUGCUGCCGAUGGUCAUUGUGACGAACAAGUGUCGUUUGUCCAUGGUCUUGACGCCGUCAUUCUCGACGGUGUCGGUGUGGGCACUGGGCAAUCUGACAUGGGAACACACGGUUUGCGUGAGGCACUCAUAGCGAAAGUGAGGGAAGUUUGUAAAGUGAGCAGUGAUUGUCUGCGUGAGCCCUUCUGGGAGCUCUUCGACACACUGGAGGAACCGACGUUACCUCCUGAGAUGAAGGGGCGUUUUUUCUUCGGCGCGCCCUCUACCAGUCGAAACCUAUCCAAACUCGUUCGCGCGGGCAUUAUGCGCCGUGCAAUUCUGCUGGAAGGAAGCCCUGGUGUUGGUAAGACAAGUAUCGUCGAAGCACUGGGGUGUGCCCUGCGGAAACAUGUUGUCCGUGUCAACUUGAGCGAGCAAACCGAUAUAAUGGAUCUUUUCGGCACGUUUUUACCAUGUCCCUCCUCUGGAGACUCCGGCGGUCCGCAAUUUUCGUGGUCAGACGGCGUUCUCCUACAUGCGCUUAAGAAUGGGUGGUGGGUGAUCCUGGACGAACUGAAUCUCGCAAGUCAAUCUGUCCUGGAAGGCCUCAACGCCCUUCUCGAUCAUCGCUCUACGGUUUUCAUUCCGGAGUUGGGUGAGGAGUUUCAGGCUGCAGAUGGUUUUCGUGUUUUUGCUUGUCAAAACCCUCUAGCAGAAGGAGGUGGGAGAAAGGGUCUCCCUCGCAGCUUCCUAAACAGGUUCACAAGGGUAAGAAUCGAGCCUUUUGACGUUGAAGACCUUAUGCGUAUUGUUGUUGCCGUCGCUCCUGGUAUCGGUGAGGCAACCCUCUGCAAGAUGGUGGGCUUCGUAGAUGAACUCCACCGAGAGGUGGUCGUUCGCCGUGCGUUUGGUGUUCGCGGGAGUCCUUGGGAGUUCAACUUGCGUGACAUCUUACGCUGGGCCAAGUUGAUGGAAGCAUACGGCGUGAUGGACAUGCCGUGUGAGUUUGUCGACAUGCUCUUCACACAACGUAUGCGCACUGACACUGACCGGAAGAGAACAGUUGAGUUGGUUGAGAAGAUAUUUGGGAGUUCCGCUAUGUGUGGCCUCACGUUUCAGGAAUCCCACUUUCUCAUCGCAAAUGAUGCAGUGCACUUUGGGUCUCGGUUCCUGACACGCAGAGUGCAGGGAUCAAAUCCUUUCAUUGAUACCGCGUACAACUCUUUGAUGCUUCUCCCUUCUCAGGCGGGGGUUGUUCGCUCAUUGCUUACAUGUGCCGAGCAGAAUCAACUCUGCAUAUUGGCGGGCCCGACCGGCGCCGGUAAAACAUUUUGCAUUCGAGCCGCAGCGGCACUCGCGGGAGCGCGGUUGCUAACCUUCUCUAUGAACGCCAGUUGUGACACUGUUGACCUGCUGGGCGGUUUUGAUCAGGUGGAGGGUAAACAGGGACAAUUCGAGUGGAGCGAUUCGUUGAUUUUGGAGGCCAUGCAAAGUGGUCAUUGGCUUGUUCUUGACAACGUUAAUUACUGCAAUGCCAGCGUGCUGGAUCGACUCAACCCACUUGUUGAGCCUAACGGUAUGCUUUCUGUGAAUGAACAGGGACUUGUUGACGGCCAAGUUCGUGUCGUGCGACCUCACCCGAAUUUUCGUCUCUUCAUGACCCUCGAUCCUAAGUAUGGUGAGGUGUCGAGGGCUAUGAGAAACCGAGCGGUUGAAAUCUAUGUCCAUCCAGUGGAAAUACCUUCACUGGAGAGUCUCGCGAUUAGCGGAGCAAGUACGUCAUGCCGAAGCGUAGAGCACCUUGAGAUGUUAAACCGCUACCACCGUGAGUUUCUGCGCAGUCUGUUCAGCGCUGAUUCUGCCUUGCCUAUGUCUACUCAGCUUUCAGACGCUCUAGCUUCAGGUACGCCUAACACUUUUACCCUAGUGAAGACUGCUUCAAUGCUUUCAGCGGCAAGCAACCUGGAGGACCUCAAGAUGUUUAUUCGUCACAAAUACAUUGACAACCGUUGUGGACAUUGGAAUGUUCGAAAGGAUGAGGUGGCCACGAAUUUGGAUAUGCUUGUGGCCGCAGGGGAGUCAGAUGCAUGCAGGUGUUUUCCCUCCGUAGCAGAUCUUCUGAGCGCCCUUUCCGUGACUGGAAGCAGUGAGGGUAGUGGAUCGGCCCUAGAAAGCGUAGAAGAAGCGCUAGUACGCAUUCGUGUCCUUCGCAGUGGGUUGGCUCUAAGGGCUCAGUUAACCGCCGAGGGAAGUCACCAAAAAUGUCAUUCUCUAUCAGAUCUAGUGCUUUAUUUUGUGCUUGAUCAAUGUGCCGACGGUGUUCUGAGCCAUAUUUUGUUUGAAUCCCGGAGACAAUUACUUUGUUGGACCAUUGGGGAUGCUCUGUCUGAACAGGGCAUGAAUGAUGUGCUUUCGCUUAUAUCUCUGCAGCCCACAACUGAUGCCGCUGCCCACCUAGAUUCCAUCUGGUGCUCCUCCGCACCGGUGUUGGGGCCACACGCGUCGUCACUAAAAGCCCUUCGUGACGCUAACAUUUUUAUCUCAGACUCGCCGGUGGUCAACAACUCUUUUAACCGAGUGCUUUCCGCGAUGGGAAAGGUAGUCGAGGUGCUUUCUUCUCCGUCUCUUCAGCAACGGAUCUUUCGGCUACUGGGGCCACUGGCGCGUUUGGUGUGUUCGUCGUUCCCUCAAUAUCAAAUUAAUGUGGACAACUACGUUUCGCUGCUGACGAACGUAUUACUUAUUCGUUCUGUGAUAAAGAAGCAGUUGGGCUCAACCGCCGACAUCUUUUUUGGCGCCGUAGAUGAAUUUUUAUCGUCAUUGCGCAAUUAUCUUGGACUUCCAUUUCAGCUCGUGUUGGAGGGGUUGAACAUUCGAAAACGCAUCGUUCGCCCUCAUAUAACGACAGCGGAAGAGCGAGCGGCGCUGGUUGCAUGGAAGGCAUCGGCUACCAGCGCGUUACAUGAAAAGCACGAAUGUUUGCUGAAAUCUCUCUGGGACAGUGCAAUAUUUCGGGCUGAAUUCUCACUGGUUCUUCGGGCACAACAGUUGAGGGCGAACUGCUCUGUGCCUGUUGCGAAACGUCUGCAGUGCGAGGUUCUCGAGUUUGUUAAUAUUUACUGUACGAAGUUGCGCGUUGUACCACAGCUCAAUGUGACCCUGUGGCGGGAGGUAACAACCAUACCGCUUGUUGUGGAACGUGAUGCUGCCGCUCUAUCUUCACUGGUGCCCCUACUUACAACUAACUUCUUAUCGCGGUACGGGUUGAACGGUGGGCGUCACAUUCUUUGUGGGUCUUGGACAAGUCUUGCUAGCGACGCACUUGACUAUGCCGCAGAGGUGUCGGUCGCAGCAAUCGACUCAAAGAGUAAUCCCCAUGUGCGUGCUCUUGAUAACCUGUUGGAGUUUUGCCGUGUGCUGCCUAUGCCGAAGGUGGACCCAUUUGAAGAAUGGGAGGCAAACUGUCUGACUGAUGCUCUAUCUCUACUGGAGAUGUGCCAAGUCCCGCAUCGUGCUCUGAACACGAAUGGGUUUUCAGUUCCGGAAGAACCCUCCACUGCCAUGUUAGUUCAAUUACUAAGCAAACUGCGCACUCUCCUAGCCGAAACUCAAGGAAAUCCACUUAUUGAUGCCUUGCGUCCGGUGCUAUCAAUGAUAGUGCACAGCAAUGAUUUCACUCCGGAUGAUUCCCUGCGUCGCAUAGCUCUUGUUGGGGUGUUGCGGUGCCGAAUGCUCGUUCCAAGAACACCAAUUGACCCCAUGUACAAGUGGCUAGUAAAGAGAGAAGUCGCAAGGAAUGAGCUGGUAUAUUUCUCGCGCUUAGAUGCGGCGUUUAGUUGGUCAGAAGAAUUAUCAAUGAGAGGCAGUUGUAGUCGGCAGAGGUUGCUUCUGCAGGGGUUGCAAGCAGAGGAGGAAGCUCACCUGGCAAGGGCGUUAGAGAAGGUCGUCGUGAGGCCCGACUCGACGGGCGCGAAAUUCGCACAACUUGUGGAUUUGCUUCAUCAGACGUGCAGUUCCAUGCUGAGCGAUAGUCGGCUGGAGGUGGUGGUCGCGCAGCGAAGGUCAGAAACUGCCGCUGCGCGGAAAGCAUGGAGUGAAGUCGUUUAUCAGCAGUUCAUCGAUGUGUUGGAUAAUUAUGGAGGGUACGAAGACGUGACUCUCACCGUCUCGGAACCAGCACUUUCGGCAACGUUGGCUGCAUACAUCGGCUACUAUAUGCAAACUCGGCCAGUUCGGAAGUCUAUGAUUUUUAGCGUGCCAGAUGCCGUGCGGAUGAUGCAUUUUCCAUCAACCAGUAUUAAUUCACCGGUAUUGCCUUCUUCCGGGUCGCAGUCGUUACAACAACGCCUCGCGUAUCUUGAUUCUUGCCUGCUGCUCGUUCAGUGCACUCCAGCCCGAGUGAUCAAGCGCGACUUUGUUGAAAAGCUUUUCGAUUCAUACCGCGAGCUGUACCGUGCGGUUGAGGAACUUGAGGCCAAAGAACGUAGCGAGCAGGAGUUAUCAGUGCUCUACAAGGAAAAGGCUGUUAUUAUCGAAGGCGAUGAUGAAGCGCACAUGGGUUUGUUGAAACAACUUUUUCCUAGUUACGAAGAGGAGUUUAUUCGUGCCCGCGACGCCGAGGACGAUAAGAUGGAAGAUGCCACAAAUGACGAAGUUGAUUUAAAUCCUGCUCCGAAGCCAGAGGUGUCUGCGUUGUCGACGGGCCGUCAUGCCCGCUUAAUGUUGUCGGGGCCACAAGGUGCAAAGUACAUGCAGCGGCUACUUGACACGCACUAUCACUUCUUUGAAAGUCUGCUUGAGCUUAACGACGGUGGUGCUUUCUGCGGCGACAGGCAUUUGGAGGCAUUCAAAGGCGUUUUUGACGUUGUUUCCAAGGAGCUGCGCGGCUGGGGAUGCAGUGGUGUUUAUGAGGAUGGGUCGCUUGUGCGUGCAGAGGACGAACAAAUGAUGGCCGGCGGAUUCGCCGCCCGGGCAACAUUGUUGUCGAAGUGUCUCUUUUCCAGUGAGACACCCCUCAGUGAAGCAAAAGCCAUCAAGUUUAAUAUUUUCACGGACCCCGCACCAUCCGAGCUCCGGGCUUUCAAUCCUUCCUUACUAAGCCUCAUGCAGGCCAUCACAGAGCUAAGCGCCGCUUAUCCAGACACGCCUUCACUUCGUCGCUGCUCCCGCAUUGCCACUUGCUUGGCAGCACUACCGGUGUUAACCACACCGUUGAUGAAGGUUAUGACGGGGUGUGAAAUUCUUCUGAGAGAAUGUUACGAAUGGGAACGCAAUGCCUCCCGUGAUACGUCCAUAAUGGAUCAUAUGACACAUCUGUCCACGUUUGUGUUGCGCUGGCGGAGGCUCGAAUUGCAUUGCUGGGGACAGGUGUUUGCGGCGAAACGAGAAGAGUGGGAACUGAAAGUUGGUAAGGUAUGGUUCAGCCUAUGUGAUCUUACCGGCGUCCAGCAACCAAUUCCAAUGGAAGAGCUACAGGACCGUUAUGCCAAGUUCUUUCACUACUGCAUGGACUUCAUGUGGGGCGCCCGUUGUGGUGAUUUCCAUGCCCGCCUGCGGUUGCUGAAGGCUUUUGCGUUUCAUCUUGCCGCUGCGGGGAGGCGCUCAUCGUUUCCCCUUGCAAACGCCUCGUGUCACCUGACGGAUUUCUUUACUCAGUACUCACAGUUAGUGGAGCAGAAGCUGCGGAUUGCGCUUUCACCCAUCGAGGAGGAUAUGGAGGAAUUUACUCGCAUUAUGCGCUGGGAGGACUCUACCUAUUAUGCGGUCCGUGCCACUGCUGAAAAAUCUCAUCUAAAAAUGGGUCGCGGUCUCGCAUCACUUGAAGACGUGCUGCGGAUGCCCGUGCUGCAGAUCAUAUCGACGGAGGAGCAACGAUGUGAGGAUGACCAGGCCAUGGGGUUCACCCUGGCUUCACUGCAGCUGGAGGAAAAGAACGGGAAGAAAAAUAAGAAGCAGGGUGCCCAAGGCGCUGUGGAUAUAGGUCUGAAGAGAUCGCGCAUGGGUAGAAUAAAUGCCAAGGCGAAAACUGCGGUUUCGGGGUGUGAAGCCCCUCCGGGAGGCGAAGAUGCUGACUCUGCCGAAGGAAAACUUCCUGGUUACAUGUCGGAGGGUGUAGAGUUCCUUAAAUUCGCUGCUAACGAAAUCAUUGAGCGUGUUAACGCUCUGCAGGCGCGCAGUGUUCCACAAAACCAAAAGUUACGCGCCUUGAAGACGCUGUUUACCGUCAUGGAAGAGAAGGGUGUGCCGCAUACGCACGCUCUGCAGGUUUCCGGUUGGGAGGAGUUGUUUGCUACAAGUAGUGCUCUCCUUCCUUGUCGUAAUAUUCACAAACACCUUGUCGCUAGCAAGCGGAUUGAGGAAGCUGCGCAGGAAUAUUACCGUGGUGUACGCUGGCUCCAGCGCAUGCGCGACGCGGAAAAGCAUCCUCACAAAGAUCUCAGCGACGCCCAAGUGAAACGCGGAGCGGGUACUGCCGAAUCGCUGUUCGCCGUUGCCGUUCAAGAAGCAGAAUUGAUAGGUAAUUUUUGCGAAGUGCACCAGCAGAUUGCUCUACUGCGUGAUUUUAUCAGCACAUGCGAGGACCGCGCGGUGCCAACAGGUGCUGAACAGCUGCACGCUUCAAUGGAAAUGUGUGUACAACUUCAGAGUUUCGUGUACGAUGUUCGUUGGAUGUUACAAGAGCAUAUCUUUGAUUUAGAGGGCUCACGUUCCACCAUAGACGAGCUGUACUGCUUGACGGAGGAGCUGUGGAAAUUAUGUUGUACAACUGAAGGCCAGCGGCGCGCGGAAAUACCCAUUGCAGACGCCAUCAUGGAGCAAUAUGGUGCUCUCUACGGUCGUGUCCGUUUAGUGUGUUCACGGCUCUGCAGCACGGGUGUUGGCUGUGUGGAUAGUGCAUCCUCCAAGUUAUGCGAAUCACUGGACUUACUAGGUGAGUCCAUCAAUUGUGCUGUGACGGCAUCGAUGCCGACCAGGGCAGUGUCUGCCAAGCGAAACCGUACGGAGGUGGGCGCGCAAUGGGAAGGAAAAGUCACAGUGAUGGUUGAGAGCUUAGAGAGCGCGUUCGCGAAGAAUGAUGGUCUUACUGACUUUUUUGCAUCUUCUCCAGGGCACCAACAGAAGGAGGAAAACUCCACAGGUGGUGGGGGGACAGACCUGGUUUACAGAAGGUACGCUGAAACCGUUGGCAAGCUGCUUGCAGAAGCUCGGACUGCACAUUCGUCGCUUCACACACUGCUUCACGACGAAACCCACGACCGUAAAAUAUCUUCGGCAGCUCGAACUCAACUAUUGUCGCGACUUGACGUGUGCGUGGAGCAUGUGGGUCUCCUUCUUCAGGGGGCUACUCGGGCGUUAUUGGCACAGUCUCACCUAACUCUCGUAGUCUCGCGACUGCUGUGUAUUCUUUUUCGAAAAGGUUUUUGCAAGUCGGAAGAGGAGGAGGAGGAGGAUGGGGACGGUGACGGCGAAAGCGGAGAUGGCAAUCAACUUGAUGGUACGGGUAUGGACGACGGCCAAGGUGAGAAAGAUGUGACAGACCAGAUCGAGAACGAAGACCAACUCAUGAGUGCAAAGGACAAGAAUGAUGAGGAGCAGGAGGAGAAACAACAGGAUAAGGGCGACGGGUCUAGUGAUGGUGAGGACAACGCUGCUGAUGUGGAAACGGAUUUCGCUGCUCCAAAGGAACGGCGCGACGAUGAUGACGAGGAGGACGAGGAUGACGGUGAUGAGAGCGAGAGAGAAAUGGGAAGUGUCGAUGGCGAAGAAGUACAGGAGCGGAAACGUAUGAAAAAGGAAACGAACGAAGGGAAUGAUCUGGAUAGCGAUGAUGGAGGUAACGCAGAUGAUGUUCCGGAGGACGAACUCGCCAACGAAGAGGAGAGCAUAGAUGGCAAUGAGGGUGAUCAGGAAACGGCAAACUUCGAAAACCGCGAGGCGGCAAUACGUGAGGCCGAAGAGCAGCAGCAAGGUGAGGACCAUGAUCUUGCAGCUGAUGUACUUGAAGGUGGCGAAAAUGAUAGCCAUGACGGAGGGGAUGGUGACGGGGAGAGCAAUACCUGCAGUGAUGAGGGGGAGCGUGAGGGAAGUGAAGGUGAUGACGACGACAACGCUGGAGAUAGCGACGAUGAGGCUCAUAACGGGAGCGGUGAGGCUUCCUCGGUUUUAUCAGACAAUGCACGGGACAUAGAGGGCGAAGACAAUGGGAAGGACGACAACGAGGGCGAAGGAACAUGUGAUUCUGGCGAUUUUUGUGAAGACAAGGAGGACGACUGGGCUGAUGAGAAUGUUUACAAUGGCGGUCAGCAGGAUGAACACGCCGGUGAAGAGGCGACUGAAGAACGAGAGAAGGAGAGUAAAAAGCGUCCUCGUGCCGCACAGCAAGAGGCGGGCACCACGGAGGAGCAACAACCGGGGGAGGAAGAACAACAGGACGAAGCCGGCCGAAACUGGAAGCGGCAAAAUCGGGAUGAACGAACCCAGCACCGUGAUAACGCCGAGCGACACAACACGUCACGUAAUCCGUACAGAGCAAUAAAGGAAGCCGUCGAGCGCCACCAGCGAAGUGUUCAACAGCUUAACCUUAACAAGCGUGUUGAGGUCAAGAAACAUAGGGAAGCUGAUAACCAACAACAAAACGAACAACAGAGUAACCGGAAGGAAGUUGUCGACGAAUUUGAGUUCGAUGAAGAGGGAGAGGAGGAGGGCAUGGCCGCAACGGAUGAGAAACCAGUUGUUCCUACGGAGGCUACUAACAACCUUCCGGAACAGAGGGAAGUCGCCGACCCCUUCAGCGAAAGUGGUACCUCUGAAGAACUUGACGAAGGUAAUGAUGAGGACACGCCGCCGCGGCACCGAAAACAUGCAGUAGAAGUCAGCGUAGACACGGAAAGUAGUGAAGAAGAGGGUGACGAGGAGGAUGCAGAGAAGAAAAAGGCGAGGCGACAUGUUAAAGUUGCGUCGAAAAUCAGAAAUGAUAAUGAAGAGGAAGAGGACAGUUUCGACGACGACGACAAGACGGCAGAUUCAACCGGCGGCGGGGAGUACGACAAGUUGUGCCGUGGAAGAGAACUUUGGCAGGAGCAAACAGCAGCAGUUCACACCCUUUCUCACCAACUCUGUGAGCAGUUACGUCUUAUACUUAGUCCGACGGUCGCUGACAAGUUACAAGGUGACUACAAAACCGGUAAGCGGCUCAAUAUGAAACGCAUCAUUCCGUAUAUAGCUUCACAGUUUAAGAAAGAUCGAAUAUGGCUACGCCGCACGAAACCGAAUAAACGCAGUUACCAAAUCCUUGUUGCCCUUGAUGACUCGUUGAGCAUGCAAUGCAAUAAUGCCGGAAUAAUGUCCUGUCGCGCCGUUGCUCUUAUCGCCGAGGCCCUUCAGCAGCUUGAAGUAGGUGAACUGGGGAUUGCGUGUUUCGGAAAAGAGACGCGCAUUGUACACGAGAUGCAUGAACCCUUCGUAGCCGAGAGCGGUCCGCGUGCAUUUAGCGAAAUCACUUUUGCGCAGAAAUCAACAAACCUUAAAUUGCUCCUUGAAACGACGUUGGACUACCUUGAUGAUGCACGGAGGCGUAUGAAUGGACAAAUUCGCUCCAGCACUCAGCGCCUUCAGCAGAUGAUGUUCAUCAUUAGUGAUGGGCAAAUCACGGAAGAUCGUAUGGAACUGAGAAAGCUGCUCAUGCGUGCAGAAGAAAAUCACCAGAUGGUUGUCUUUGUCCUUCUGGAUGUCAAGGCUUCAGGAGGUGAAAACGAUAACAAUGGGGCCGCGCCACUCGCUCCUAUUUCAGCCAAAGAACUCGCGGGGAUGACUCCUGCCCAGAGGAUGCGUCGACUGAAAGCAGAGCGUGACUCGAGGCUGCAGCGCGUGAAAUCAAACUCCGUGCUCGACAUGCAGCUUGUGGAAUUCAGGGAUGGCAGUGUCGUGCGGCGGUCCUACAUGGAAGAAUUUCCAUUUCCACACUAUCUCAUCGUGAGGGAACUUGAGACUCUUCCAAGUGCUAUUGCAGAUGCUCUUCGUCAGUGGUUUGAAUUGUUGAAUGUGCAGCAUUAG